CUUCUCUUCUCUUCCAGUGUAUGAUCACAGAAUGGAUGACCUAAGUGAUUUCCUGAGACAAAGGAAUAUUCCAGAGGAAACUAUCGAGACCAUGCUGAAAGAAAAGAUUGAUACCAACGUCAUCCAGCUCAUGACAGAUGAAGAGCUAAAGAAUUACUUGCCAUCGUAUGGAGAUCGCAUAGCCCUAUUAGGAUAUUGUAAAAGGAAGGAAAAUGGCCCCCUAAGCAGUCGCAAAUCAAAACUGUUUGAGCGCCUGAAAUCAAAGCUGGGUAAAAGAAAAACUGCUCAUGAAGAUGGUUGUGGUAUGGAAAAUGAAGAGCAAUCUGAAACAACUGUAAAGAAGAAUGCUCUGAAGCCCAAGAGAAAAAUAGAAAUAGGUUGGAUGCUUUAUGAUGAAGAACAACAGGCUUUUAAACAAGUAAGAGCAAGAAGAGGUGGUGGAACUAGGAAGGUUGAAAUAUCAAAGGAUGCUAAAAAAAGUGAGCUAAUCCAGAUGGCUAUUGGCCUUUUCUUUCCAAAUGGAAGAAAUAGAGAAGGGUGCAUAGCAGAUUUUGAAAUAGAUCUAAAAGAUUAUCAGGAAGUGGCAAUUGAUGACAACAUCACUGUUGGACAAAUGUUUCAUGUUACAAAACUUAGUAUUCUCAGGUUUUAUCUGACCACUCACAAAAAGAAGGCUAACCAGUCAAUCGGUCAAGAUGAAGUUAUGUCUUCACCAUUGUUUCAGGAUCAAGACAGUUCUCUUAGUCAGCCCUCCUCUUCAUCUGCUGUAAAUGUUGCAACGACCAGCCAAUCUACAAUAUCCACAGCAUCAUGGCAGUCAGACUUCAGCAGUGUUGACAAAGAGGAAUUGAUAGAGAUUCUUGAUAACCACAGUUGCAGACGAAUGCCCACUGCCAGCAAUGUUCUGUACAGGUUCGGAUCUAUUCCUGGAUAA